AUGUCGGAGCCCGUGUCGAGACACUUGCAGGAGGCUGUCGCCAUUGAUGCCUUGAUCGAUUUACACAACAAAAGCAGAGCGCCGGUUGCUCCCACGAUCUCGCCUGAAGACCUGGAGUCUGCCGAAAAGCAGUUGCUCGAGGCAGUCAGGGGCGAAUACGCAAAGGUGGGUGAGGCCAUUCGCCACAGGCAUGCGGCAGAGAUCUUCCUCAAAGACCGUGCCAACGACAUCGACCUGGCCGUCUGUGAGGCUGGCAGCAAGUUUUUCCAGUUCGAAGUGCUCCAAGAGCUCGUCAAAAUGGGAGGAUCUGUCAACAAGCAAGCAUGUGGCCAUCGUGGUGGCACCACUGUCCAAGAAGCGGCCUACUGGGGAGUUGAUGAAGGACUCACCCGCAUCAUCAAGGAGUUGGGUGGAGAUCCGAGUGUGCCGAACAAGCAGGGCCUGCCGCCCGUCUACGUCGCUUGCGAAGGCCCUUCGGGUGAUUCCUCGGGUGAUUCCGACAUGGCAGCCUCUGCGAAGAAGCACGGGCCCAAAACUCCUCAAGCACUGAGCCACAAGGGCACCAUCCACCACCUGAAGAAGAACGGUGCAGAGAUGAACCAAACGAUCGACGGCAAGCCCCUCGUGAUGUAUGCGGCAGAGCAGCAGCAGUUCCACAUCACCAAGUGCUUGCUCGACAACGGAGCAGACUGGCCCUGGGAUGUCAAGUCCCCCAAGCUGCGGAUCCGUGGCAAGGACUAUGUCAUGGGAAUCUCGGCGGUCCCGAAGAACGGGAUUGAAGCUGCCCUCUGCACCGCCGCCAGGAACAACAGCCAAUCGCAGGUGUUGAGCUACUUGGUCCUGGGAGCCGACAUCGAAUACCCAUGGUGCUGGACGCCGAACCUACCUUGGUACACGACGCCCUUGGGCCAUGCAGCGGUUCAUCGUCACAAGGACUUUGAGACCAAGAGCUCAGAAUGA